AUGGCUCACGGCUAUCGCAUGGACCUUUCAAAAACGGAAUUGAAAGUAAAAGGAGAAAUGGAAAUGUUAUUUAACCUUAAAACUUGUAUACAAAAUCAGAAGAAAACCCUUUCAGAGGCUUUCAAUCUUAUAGAGCGAGAUUUAACAGGUUCAAUUGAUGAUGUUCAGAAUAUUGUAAAAGGUGUAGCCGACAAAUAUUUAGCGACAACAAAAACACAUCUCAUUAAACUAGAUAAUAUAGGUAAUUCAGAACUCCAGCAAGUCGAGAUGACAGAAAACGGAUAUAAGACUUUCAUUAAAACAUUAACAGAACUUAAGAAAGAAAAGCAUGAUGGAUCAUUCGUGACGCGAUUUAUGUGGUUACAAGAUGAUAUGGAAAAUCUGAAGGGAAUGCCGUCAGUUCAAUCUGAAAAACGAUUGAAAUCUUUUGACAGAAGCGCAAUUUUAUCAACAAUUGCAAAUGAAAUCACUCUAAGAAUUCAAGAAAAAUACAAGUCAUUCAAAGACCUAGAAGAUCAACUGAAUGACUUCAAUGGCUUACUCCAAAGUCUCACAGAAGAAAAUGAGAGCUUUGGUGUCAUUCGUGAGCAUUGGAAAUCAGUUGAAAAGAAUUCCAAACUGUCCAAGAUUUUCCCUGAGCCUCCAAUGAUAGCUUUUAGGCAACCUAGUAGUCUACGGAACCUACUAGUGCGGGCUGAAGUGUCUGAUAAUAGAAGUACUCCUGGAGAAUGUCGUUCGUGUGGAGAAAACGCUGCAAAUGCUGUUUACAGAUGCAGCAUUCGUCAACAUUUCACAGUAAGAAUCUGGAAAGUUCUCCAACUACCUGCAGAAAAAACGAAGAAGAUGGUAACGUCUUUACAGAAGAAGUUAGAUGAGGAAGUUAAACAGAAGGAGAACCUGUCAGAAAUGUGUGAUAAAUUUAAAGCUGCCUAUAUGAAACAGCAGAAAACAAACCAGACUCAGGCAGAAAGACUUGCCAAUAUGCAACGCUCACAAACUGACCAAAGUAGACAAUAUAGAGAAAUGCAGACCAUGGUGGAAACACUCAAAUGUGAAAAAGAAGCAUUAAUGCAAAGAUUGAGCAAGGUUCCUGGAAUGAAAAUGAAAGACAACAACCCAUCUAUUGCUGACUUGAGUGAUCCUAACCGACCAGAAAAAUUAUCGGAAAAAUUCCGAGAAAUUUAUGAUAAUGCAUGGACUACCCUUUUAGACGAUAUUAAUGAGAAGACUGGUGACUCUGAUGACAUUUGCAUCAAAAAAAUCGUCAGCGCACUAAUGAUGAUGUAUGAUACCUGUAAAAAUACAAUUACAAACAAUAAAAGGGAAAUUGCAAAACUUGUUGGAUAUCCAGAAGACUGCUUUGACAAACCGUAUGCCGGCGGAACAGAAGGGCAUGAUCCUGUUUUAAAAACAUUGAAAGACUUAAUCCAAGUCUCUGUGACACACCAAAGUGUAGCUGUAACAAAGAAUAUCAAACAGUUUCCAGAAAUAAAAACAAUUCUUCAAGUUGGCGGCAAAAACGGUGAUGCGUUCAUCACUGAAUGUUUACAACUAUGUUUAUAUAUGUGUAUCCAUGACCCACCGGUCGUGCUUGAUUUUAGUUGUAAAAGUGGAGAUGCUUUUAAUAAUGACAAAUUCACUCCUUUUACAAAGUCGGGUGCCGUUGUUGAUUACGUGGUUUGGCCUGUGAUGUAUCUCAGUGAUAAUGGAGCCAUAAUGAGCAAAGGCAUUGCACAAGGAAAAUAAAAAUAAACCAGUUCAGACCGUGGAUCCAGAUUGGACACAUAAUAUUUAUUUCAAUAAAAUUUAACAUUUAAAAAAAAACAAUAUGUAUCACUUAUAGUUACUAGUCAUUAUUUGUUUUUCCAAGUAGUAUCAAAAUAACACAUACUGAUACCUUUUUUU